UCAUUUCAAGCGUUGUUUGUUGAAGGCGUUUUGACGUGUUGGUACCGUGCACGUGUAGUAGGAGAACAGUAAAAAUGUUUGUGAAAGUUAGAGGCCCUGAUUGUCAAAGAAUUGAAAUAAUAACCAUCACAUUGUUGAUGCCUGUCAAAGAAUUGAAAGAAAAAGUCGGCAAACUCUUUGACGUGGAGCCAGCAAAACAGCGUCUUAUCUAUCGCGGGAAGCAAUUGGAGGACGAAUACAAACUGUUCGAUUAUGGCGUGCAAAUGAAUGAAGUGCUGCAAUUAAUUGUAAAACAAAAUGUGACUCAGAAGGAAGAGGUUAAAGAAAUUCAGGAGCCACCGCUCAGUACAGAAAAACGUCUGAAGAAUCUGCCCAAAGUAUCAGAGACAAAGCAUUUUAAGGUUGGCGAAUAUGUUGACUUCGUGGAUACUUUGAUUGGAGCAUGGUUCCAAGGCAAGAUUAAAAAUAUCUAUGUGGAGAACCAGGCACAUUUUGACGCUUUCAGGAAUGAAAUAGACCCUCCCACUCACAAAAAUGGUAUUUUCAAAGAUAAAAGUACUGCCGACAAAGGCUCAGAUACAUUUAAGAAGGAUUCUAAAGAGGAAACGUCGGAUGAAGAGAUAUACGAAACAGAUAGUGGUCGUUGUAGUAGCCUUGGGAUGGAAGAGAAUGGAACGAAAGCUAAUGAAGCCGCAGGGAAUACAUGUGAGUUGAAAGGAACGGUGCAAGGAGAGUUGCAGGAUAGUGCUCCCGAUGCCCCCCCUGAGAAAACAAAUGCGGCGAGUGACACUGAACAUUCUGAAAGUGGGGACAGUGGACAUUCCUCUCAUACGCCAGUUAAGAAACCAUCACAAAGGAAUGGAGACACCAUGUCCAAGGGAGCUCCCAGUGAUGAAACUAAGCUGGAUGAUGGCUGUGUAUACGAGAUAACCAACCUCAAUCACGUCGAUGAAGCAGAAAUGUUGAGCAAGCUCUCAGAAAUUCGCCCGAUGUCGCAAAAACUUUUGAAAUUUGCAGAUGUUAAAGUGGGACAGACAGUUCUGGUUAACUACAAUGAUAGUGAGCCAGAUAAACUAGGUCACUGGUUUGACCUCAAAGUCUCAAAGGUUACAAAUGGCAGAAUGAAGAAGUGGCUUGAAGGUGAACUUCGCAUACAUAGUCGGAGUGGAUGUCAGCUGAAUAAUGUGAAGAUUAGUAAUGUCGAAAAAAUAUGGGUUAUUGAAAAACUGGAACUGCUGAAAGACAGAAAAGAUUUUUCUGAUCUGGAGUCUAUACAGAAACGGCCUGUUCCUGCACUCUGUGAUGAGUGCAAUGACAAUCCUCUCAAGAGGUGUAAAUCGUGCAGUUGUCAAGUAUGUGGCAAGAAAAAUGAGCCGUCCAAGCAAAUCAUGUGUGAUGAAUGUGAUUCACCGUAUCACAUAUGGUGCCUUACACCUCCUCUGGAAGAAAUCCCAGAUGUGGAUGAAUGGUUCUGUCCCGAUUGCAAAAAUGAUGAAAAUGAAAUUGUCAGAGCUGGACAUAAGCUCAAAGCUAGCAAGAAGAAGGAAAAUUCGGUCUGGGUGAAAAGUGGUUACACUAAAUGGGGCAAGGGGAUGGCAAAUGUUGGGCUCUCCAAAAGAUGUACCAUAGUGCCGCCUCACCACUUUGGACCCAUACCGGGUGUGGAAGUAGGAACAUGCUGGAAGUUCCGGAUACAGGCGUCUGAAGCUGGAGUUCACAGACCGCCUGUCAGUGGUAUUCAUGGACGCGAGGACGUGGGUGCCUUCAGCAUUGUACUGAGUGGAGGAUACGAAGAUGAUGAGGAUUUUGGAGAUAGCUUUUGGUACACCGGUGCUGGCGGUAGAGAUUUGUCCGGCAAUAAACGUACUUCUGUGCAGUCAUCAGACCAGCUGCUCACAAAUACUAACAAGGCUCUUGCCGUUAACUGUGCAGCUCCGUUGAAUGAAAAGGGGGCUAAAGCUGACGAUUGGAAGAAGGGAAAACCGGUGCGCGUCAUUCGAAGCUACAAAUUUCGGAAGCACUCUAAGUUUGCUCCAGAGGAAGGGUUGAGGUACGACGGCAUCUACAAAGUCGCGGAAUAUCGCCCAGAAAAAGGGCAAUCUGGUUUCAUUGUAUGGCGAUACUUCCUGCGUCGGGACGACCCAACACCGGCCCCGUGGACGGCAGCUGGAAAGAAAUUAAUAGCAUCUCUUGGCCUUCAGCUUGAGGUGCCAGAAAACUACGAUGUAGCGCUCGCAAAGAAAUCUGGAGAUAAGCCAAAGAAAGCAGCCAAACGUAAAUUAAGCAAUGGAAAUGAAAUAAACUUUUUCACAAAAAAAGUGAAAGCUGAGCCGUAUGUGAUUGAUGCAAAAAUCCAAAAAAUUAUCGUCAAAGACAAGCAAAACACAAAGCUGUGGGAAACCUGCAGUUCUUCACUUCAAGAUGGCAAAAAGAAAUAUCUCGAUGCUGUUAUGGAAAAUUUUUCUUGCAUUUGUUGCCAAGAAUUGUUGUAUCGACCCAUUACCACGCCUUGUAAUCACAAUUUCUGUUUGGAUUGUAUGCAGAGAGCUUUCAAGGCAGAAGUCUAUACUUGCCCUACAUGCAGGGAAGACUUGACCAAAAAAUUCCAGUUUGUUGUGAACGAACAUUUAUUUGGAGUCCUGAAGGCAUUCUUUCCUGGCUACGAAGAGGGCCGCAAAUAAAUCGCUGUAAAAUACUCUCUCCACAGUGUGAAUUUUAGCCCAGAUAUAUUGUUUGUAAAGAUAUUUACUCAAAUGUAAGAAAGACUUGUAUUAUACUUAAUACUAAUAUCAUGCAUCCAAUUCGUGCAUCUUUUUACAAUUUUUAUUACAAUCUUGUAUUGUUUUAAGUGUUCAAGUAUAAUUGUCAAGGGGCCGUGAGCAGUGCAAAAAAUCAAAUUUAAAAAGUCAUUGUAGAUUAUACAGACUUUAUGAUUUUUUUCUGAUCAAAUAGGCUUAGAACAUUAUUUGCCUGUGAUCUGUGUUUUUGAUAAUGAAUUUUUACAGAUCUGUCAAGCUAGGUGUAUUAAACAUUUACCAAGUGCAAAAUAUUUCUUUCUUGUGUUUCUAUAUUGUUGUUACAGAGAUUUUUAACUUCUAGUAUUUCUAAUGAUGCAACCUCAGUUUUAGUAGUUUUUAAUGGAUUUUUAUGCCAUGUAGCCUAUGCCAUAAAUUUUAUUGGCAAGUACAUAACUGUCUGCUGUGCAGCUUAGCUAUGGCUGACCUGUGUGCAUAUUAAAAUUUCAUGCUUUACUCUGCAAUGGCUCUGCUGUAGCUGCCUGUGCAGAACAUUAUCUCUUGUUACCAGUACCCCACUUUUUUGUUUUAUGGUUGGUUUUGUGACACAUGUUAAGGCUGUAGCUGUUAAUCUUUGCUUAGCACAGCUGUACUCCUGUGCAGACUUAUUUUAUUGUUAGUUACAUAUAGAAUAGUGUCUAUUCUGUGGUUAAUAUCCUGUUUGGACCAUGCUUUAUUCCUUUGUUGGUGAUUCUUUAUUAAAUUUAUACAUUUUAAUUGUAAUUGUUUGAAUAACAGUUAUUCUUCAAUUCAGAUUGUUGUAAUGGCUCAAAUUCUUUGGAACUGUGAAAGAUUUCGGUAUAUAUUCUGUUGUUUAAAACUUUCAGACUUUUAAUUUUGGAGUUGAUCAAAAUUUUACUUAGGGAUAAGAAUGAAGAUUUCCAUUGUUACUGUUUAUGCUUAUGUUGUUAUAUAUGUCUUCUCCACAAUAGUGGAUCAGCCUUUUACUUGGGUACUACAUGAUGGAGUUUUGUUAACUGUGACUCGGACUCAAGCACUCUCAUCUGUCUCUGCCAAGUCAUUUUUCUUGCUGUACCGUAAAUAGAAAUUUAUCUUUUUACAAUAGGCACAAUAAAAAGAUUCACACAAUCAUAGCUUUCAGCCAUUGAGGCCUUUGUCAGCAGCAGCACACACACACACACACACACACACACACACACACAC